AUGGCGAUGAGCCCUCCGACCACGCUGGCAAGGGCGAAGACUACCGCGGUCGAAGGUCCUCUCAUAGGCGUGACAAAGACGAGGGAUGCGGUCAUGGCCAUAGCUACCGUUACCGACACAACGGAGACCGCCACCGUUCUCACAGACGAGAACACCACGAAGGGGAACACAUUCAGGAGAAGGACUCAGAAGCAACCUCACUCUCCCACUACCAACGAGAUGGCAAGCGUCAUGACCGACGUCGACACCGGGAUUACAAUUAUCACCAUUCAUCACAUCGCGGGCACCACCACCAUUCAGAGGAAGAUGCAGGUCGCAGAGGGCGCUCGCAGUCUCGCGGUUCUACUGGCCCUCGGCACGAUUCUUCUACAAGCGGCUCGCCUUCGAGACAUCGGGAUGAUCAUCGUUCCAGCCGCCGAAGCCGGCACCGCUCCUACUCACGCUCCAGCUCCGGGGAAGAGGAAACAUCGUGAUAGGUCCGGCUCGAGGGAGAGGGACAAGAAGAGGAGGAAACGGAGGGACAAAGACAAGGCAAAGGAGAAGGGGGAGGAAAAGAGGAGCAUUUUGACCGGAAAGAAGAUCAAACUCAAGGUUAAGAAGGACAAAGGCGACCAUGAGCGGGAUGCAAACCGGAAGGAUCUCUUGCAGUUUUUGAACUCUGCCUACGAGUGA